CAGCCUCCAACCUCAUCGCCUCACAACUGCAACGACUCCCGCCGUAUGCGCGGUCGCACUAUCACAGGAAGUCAAAGCCCUCAGUCACCACCUCGAAAAUCCACACACCAUCAUGCCGAGCAGCGAAGAGGACCAGAAUCCUAGCCGAAACAUGUCCCUCAAACCCCUAGGCCAUCGUGGCCGCUCCAUCCAAGGGGUAGCGCCGACCACGCUUUUCGACAAGCCAGUACGGGAUCGCAUCACCACCUCAAUAUAUUGGAUGGAGUGCUGUUCUCGCCUGAAUGCCGCAACGUUAUGCGACCAGGCCGCAAACCUUACAUACAUCGGUGGAACAUAUGGCAUAACAGGGAAACCGACCCCGUUCCUUUGCCUAGCGUUCAGGCUGCUCGAAUUGGCGCCGGAGAAAGACAUUAUACUUGAGUAUCUGAACUUUAAGGAAGAUUUGAAAGACAAGAAUGGCAAGACUGAGGAAGUCUCUAAUGAUAAUGAUGGCAAAGCUAAUGAAGUCACUAAAGAAAAGCCUAUUGAGUUCAAGUAUCUGCGUUGUCUGGCCGCUUUCUACAUACGUCUGACCUGGAAACCUGUGGAGAUAUAUCAACAUCUGGAGCCGCUACUCAAGGAUUUCCGCAAAAUCAGGAAGAGGACGAAGGAUGGCUUCACCCUGACUUACGUCGACGAAUUCGUUGACGAUCUCUUGACUAAGAACCACGUCUGCGGCACGACCCUUUGGAGGCUGAAGCCCCGACAGGAACUGGAGGAUAUGGACCUAUUGGAACCUAGGGAAAAGCUGCUGCCUGAUGAAGAUGAAGAUGAUGAGGAGAUGGUGACUUCGGAUGCAGGUGCAUCGCGUUCGCCAGUGGAAAUGGAUGUUGGAGACUGGACCAUCCAGAGAGAAGAUCGCAGGCCUUUGAGCAGUCCGAUCUCCUCAAGCGCCUAAAAUACAGUAGUCUAUGAUACCCCCUGCAUUUCAAGUAUGUAACUAGUAAGUGUCUGG